AUGGAGGAGAUCAGUGGAACAAGGAACAAAGAUGGAGAUCAGUGGAACAAGGAAAAAAGAUGGAGGAGAUCAGUGGAACAAGGAAAAAUGAUGGAGGAGAUCAGUGGAACAAGGAACAAAGAUGGAGGAGAUCAGUGGAACAAGGAAAAAAGAUGGAGGAGAUCAGUGGAACAAGGAACAAAGAUGGAGGAGAUCAGUGGAACAAGGAACAAAGAUGGAGGAGAUCAGUGGAACAAUGAACAAAGAUGGAGGAGAUCAGUGGAACAAGGAACAAAGUUGGAGGAGAUCAGUGGAACAAGGAACAAAGAUGGAGGAGAUCAGUGGAACAAGGAAAAAAGAUGGAGGAGAUCAGUGGAACAAGGAACAAUGAUGGAGGAGAUCAGUGGAACAAGGAACAAAGAUGGAGGAGAUCAGUGGAACAAGGAAAAAAGAUGGAGGAGAUCAGUGGAACAAGGAACAAAGAUGGAGGAGAUCAGUGGAACAAGGAACAAAGAUGGAGGAGAUCAGUGGAACAAUGAACAAAGAUGGAGGAGAUCAGUGGAACAAGGAACAAAGUUGGAGGAGAUCAGUGGAACAAGGAACAAAGAUGGAGGAGAUCAGUGGAACAAGGAAAAAAAUGGUGGAGAUCAGUGGAACAAUGAACAAAGAUGGAGGAGAUCAGUGGAACAAGGAACAAAGAUGGAGGAGAUCAGUGGAACAAGGAACAAAGAUGGAGGAGAUCAGUGGAACAAUGAACAAAGAUGGAGGAGAUCAGUGGAACAAGGAACAAAGUUGGAGGAGAUCAGUGGAACAAGGAACAAAGAUGGAGGAGAUCAGUGGAACAAGGAAAAAAAUGGUGGAGAUCAGUGGAACAAUGAACAAAGAUGGAGGAGAUCAGUGGAACAAGGAACAAAGAUGGAGGAGAUCAGUGGAACAAGGAAAAAAAUGGAGGACAUCAGUGGAACAAGGAACAAUGAUGGAGGAGAUCAGUGGAACAAGGAACAAAGAUGGAGGAGAUCAGUGGAACGAGGAAAAAAGAUGGAGGAGAUCAGUAGAACAAGGAACAAAGGUGGAGGAGGUCAGUUAAACAAGGAUCAAAGAUGGUGGAGAUCAGUGGAACAAGGAACAAAGAUGGAAGAGAUCAGUGGAACAAUAAGCAAAGAUGGAGGAGAUCAGUAG